AUAUCCACCUCUUUCAACUCUCUACUCUUUCUUGAGGAGAUGGAAGGUGAGAAGCUUGACGAGAUCAUGUUACCAGGUUUCAGGUUCCACCCAACUGAUGAGGAGCUUGUCGGGUUCUACCUUAAGAGAAAGAUUCAGCAAAUGCCUCUGUCCAUUGAGCUCAUCAAGCAACUUGAUAUCUAUAAAUAUGAUCCUUGGGAUCUUCCAAAAGUGGCAGGUACAGGAGAGAAAGAGUGGUAUUUCUACUGUCCAAGAGACAGAAAAUACAGGAACAGUGCAAGGCCAAAUAGGGUAACUGGAGCUGGGUUCUGGAAAGCCACAGGGACUGACAGGCCUAUAUACUCCUCAGAGGGUUCAAAGUGCAUUGGACUCAAGAAAUCUUUGGUCUUCUACAAAGGCAGAGCUGCCAAAGGUGUUAAAACUGAUUGGAUGAUGCAUGAGUUUAGGCUUCCUUCUCUUGUUGACUCUUCUUCAUCCGACAAGACCACUAUUCCUGCUAAUGACUCUUGGGCAAUCUGCAGAAUAUUCAAGAAAACAAAUGCUACAGCUCAAAGAGCACUCUCUCACUCUUGGGUUUCUACCUUACCUGAAACAACACCAACCACCACUACCAAUGAUACAGAUCACAUAUUCAACAUGCCAACGAUGAUGGCAAAGAAAACUAGCUUCAUGACCCAGUUUUGCACUAACUACACUAGUGACACACAAAUCCAAGAUGUUGCAUCAUCUUAUAAACCACCCUUUAUUAAUAUUAAUCCAUUGCUUUACAAGCAGUUUGAUCAUCAUCAUCAUCAGUUACCACCUAUUAUUUCAAAUGGAGAUCUUAUAAGCAACGACUGCUUAAUACCCUCUUCUACUACUCCACUUGAAACAUCCUCUAAUAGUGCAAAACCUACUAUGGAUUUUUCUUCAUUGUUGCUGAACAUGUCAUCUUCUGUUCUUGGAGAUUUUGCUGGAAAGACAUCGUCGUCGUCCUCAUCCCAAGAGGGUACAGCAGCAGCAGCAACAGCAACAACAAUCACGAGUAGCUUCGGUGGUGGAAUGCAGGAGCACUACCCAACAAUACCAUUACUGCGUCAGAUGCAUCAAGGGAACAACAACAACAACAACAACAUUGGCAUCAACAACAACAACGUGUCUGCUGGCGGUGAAGAACAAGAGUUGGAGAAAGUUGGAUCCAUUGUUGGGUUCCCAUUCAUGAACAUUGGGGAUGCAUGGAAGUCAAAUAUGCUUUGGGAUACUUCUUGUCCCUUGUGAUAUGUGCCUGCUUUACUUACUUAAUUAAUUAGCAUUAUUAUUCCACAACCAAAGUAUUAUAUUUAUACUUAAUCCAGUUUAAUUAGUCAAAAUUAGAAGCCACUGUUUUUAUAGCUUCUAAUAAUUAGGUAGGACUAGCUUAGAGACUCUAGUUAUCUCUGACUUUUUUUUAAACUUAUAUUUAUGUUCAUUUUAUCUUAGCAUUUAGAAUCUUUUUUUAGGAGUUUCCAGUUCUGUUUUUCCGUAGUAGUAGGGUUUAGGGUUUUGUAUUCUAAAUAGGGAUAAAAUGUCAACUUGAAUGUUUGUGGAAUAUAAUUUUGAAAAACAAAUUGAAAUUAAGAGGCACGAGCUAAGGAAUGCUUGGAGAGACUCAUAUAUAUUAUAUCAGUUUUAUC